AUGGCUCCCUCCGUUGCUCAGCUCGAAUCCGUCACUCCGACGGUUGACCCCAUACAAGCUAUCAAGGAAAACGUCAAAGUCCAGCCUAAGGCCGAAUCGACCGAAGACAAGGGACCAUCCUACCCCUUCUACUAUCCCUACUUCGACGUCAACGAAAAGUUCCCUCCUCUUGAGAUUUUCGAGCACGAUGAGCCUGGCCUUCGUGCGGACCCCAAGAAACCACACCUGCUCACUCCCAACGUCACUACCACCGACAUCAGCCCUUACAUCGGCACAGAAGUCAAGGGCGUGCAGAUCUCGCAGUUGAGCAAGGAGGGUCUCGACGAGCUAGCUCUCUUCGUUGCCGAGAGGAAGCUCGUCGUAUUCCGCGACCAGGACUUCAAGGACCUUGGGGCGGACCGCCAGAUUGAUAUUGCCAAGCACUUCGGGCCCAUUCAGAGACACCCAACGUCCGGCAACGUCAAGGGUUACCCCGAAUUCCACGUCGUCUAUCGUGAUCCAAAGCACGACUUCUUCCGCGAGUACUCGGGUGCCAACCGCGCCAGCCACCUCCAAUGGCACUCGGACGUCUCCUACGAGAAGCAGCCCCCUGGCACCACCUUCUUCUUUAUCCUCGACCAGCCCGAAGUCGGUGGUGGCGACACCCUCUUCCUCUCGCAAGUCGAGGCCUACAAGCGCCUUUCUCCCGAGUUCCAAAAGCGCCUUGAAGGCCUGCGCGCCGUGCACUCUGCCGUAGCUCAGGCCGAGUUCUCCAAGAAGCGCGGCGGGCCCGUAAGGCGCGAGCCCGUCGAGAGCGAGCACCCGCUCGUCCGCGUGCACCCCGUCACCGGCGAGAAGGCGCUCUACAUCAACCAGGGCUUCACCCGCCGCAUCGUCGGCUUCCGCGACGAGGAGUCCGAGUACCUCCUCAGGUUCCUCUUCGACCACAUCUCGAAGGGCGCGGACUUCCAGAUCAGGGCGCGCUACGAGCCUGGGACCGUCGUUGUCUGGGACAAUCGCGUCACCGCGCAUUCUGCCAUUCCGGACUUUGCGCCGACUUUCCGAAGGCACGCCGUGCGCCUGACUCCUCAGGCUGAGGUGCCAGUUGAGGCCAAGGCUUCAACGACAGCCUGA